AUGCCUGACCCUAAAACCUACACCAUAGGCUGGAUAUGCGCGCUUACCACAGAGCUUACAGCAGCCAAGGUUAUGCUCGAUGAGAUUCAUCCAUCUGUAGGAUCUAUUUCUGCCAGGGAUACUAACAGUUACGCGCUGGGAAGAGUUGGUAGCCAUAAUGUGGUAUUGGCUGUGCUUCCAAAAUCACAGGUCGGGUUGGUACCUGCCGCAAAUGUCGCUACAAAUAUGCUCAAUGCCUUCCCAAACAUCCGCAUUGGUCUUUUAGUAGGCAUCGGUGGUGGCGCACCUACUUCUCGAAAAGACAUCCGGCUAGGAGAUGUCGUUGUUAGUACAGCUGAGCGAGGCACUGGCGGCGUCUUCCAGUAUGAUUAUGGACAGACAGUCCAGAAUCAGAAGUUUGAGAUUACUGGACUCUUGAACCAACCCCCUGCAGCCUUGGCGACUGCUGUAAGUGACCUUGAAUCAAAGCACGAGAUCGAAGGUCACUAUAUACAAGAAACGAUUCACCAGGUUCUACAGCGCUAUCCGAGGCUGAGAAAAAAAUACUCCCGACCACCAGAAAGCCAUGAUCGACUAUAUAUCUCAAAAAUCACUCAUCCUGAGAGCAACUACCAAACAUGCGAUGCAGCCUGCGGUGAUGGCUCGGAGGAUGAGCCGAUAUUGGUAAACCGACUCCAGAGGAGCGAAUAUGACAAUAACCCUGAAAUCCAUUAUGGCAUUAUUGCAUCCGCCAAUCAGCUUAUGAAAGAUGCUUCCGUCAGAGAUAAACUCGCGUCUGAUCAUGGAGUAGCUUGUUUUGAAAUGGAAGCAGCUGGUUUGAUGAACAACUUUCCUUGUGUUGUCAUCAGAGGAAUAUGCGACUAUGCAGAUACGCAUAAGAAUGACGAAUGGCAAGGAUAUGCAGCCAUGACUGCGGCAUCCUAUGCUAAGGAACUGUUAAACCAACUCUCAACUACUAGAGUCGAGGAAGAGAAACGAAUCGGCGAAAUCCUAGGAAGCAUGCACCUUGCCAUAACCACUAUCGACUCCAAGUUGGAGGGACAAGAUGAGAUUCUUGAUGAGAUCAACAACCGCACGGAACGACAUCAGCACCGUGAAGCCAUCGACAGGCUCCCUUAUGUCAAAGAAGCAAUAUUCGACUCUCACAACGAGGAUCAAAAUCCAACAUGCUUGGAGAAUACCCGGGUGGACCUUCUUGCUCAGGUAUCCAAAUGGAUUGAGACUGGGGAUCAAAAGACAGUCUUUUGGCUUAAUGGCAUGGCUGGAACUGGAAAGUCCACUAUAUCAAGAACCGUCGCCAAAUCCCUAUCCAGUGUAGGCACACUUGGCGCCAGCUUCUUCUUCCAAAGAGGUGAAACUGACCGGGCAAGUACCAUUAAACUUUGUGGCACAAUAGCUCGCCAGUUGGCCGUGAACCGUCCGUACAUCGGCGACACACUAUGUAGGGCUAUCGAGGAGGAUCCCGAAAUCGGAAGUAAAGGAUUGAGAAUUCAGUUUGAGAAACUCAUUCUCAAUCCUUUAUCUAGCAUUCCGCAAAUACAACCAUCUACCGUUGCGAUUGUUCUCGACGCCUUGGACGAAUGCGAUUCGGAACGAGAUAUUAAACUUCUGAUUAGCCUUUUUUCUGGGAUUGGAAAGUGUCACAACAUCAGACCCCGUAUCUUUCUCACUAGUCGUCCAGAAUUGCCAGUCCGACUUGGAUUUAGCAAAGUGACAGGGACCUAUCAGGACUUCAUUCUCCAUGAGAUUCCGCAGCCUGUCAUAAAGCAUGACAUCUCCGUAUUUUUUCAGCAUGAAUUCAUGGCAAUCUUGAUGGACUGGAACGACUCUGUGGCCGAAAGUCGAAAGUUACCCUUGGCAUGGCCGGGCGAAGAGAACAUCCAAGCCCUUGUAGAGCGGGCAGUCCCUCUAUUCAUCUUUGCCACCACUAUCUGCCGUUUUAUAUCUGAUAGGCAUAAGAAUCCAAAAGAGAGAUUACGUCAAGUUUUGGAACACCCUGCCUGGAGUGCUGUCGACAAGAUGCGAGCCACCUACGCGCCAGUCCUAGAUCAACUCCUCUUUGGGCUGUCUGCCGUGGAGAAAAACGAAUUCAUCCUGGAGUUUCAAUUGAUUGUUGGAACCAUCAUCACACUUGAAACCCCCUUGUCUGCAGAAGCAUUGUCUCGACUACUUGACGUUUCUCAAGAGAGGGUCAAUGACAGUCUUGACAAGCUCCACUCUGUUCUCAACAUUCCAGAAUCUUCCGACGUCCCAAUCCGAUUAUUCCACCUGUCUCUUAGAGACUAUCUUAUUAACAAAGAAGUUUCUACGGAAGAUAUGUUUAGAAUUGACGAAAAGGAAGCCUCGCGGCAAUUGCUAGCGAGCUGUUUGCGGGUCAUGAAAGCCCACCUCAAAACCGACAUUUGUGAUGUGCGCGAUCCGAGCACAGAUCGUGCAACCAUCAGCAGUGCUAUGAUCAAUAAAUCUCUGCCCGCUGACCUUCAGUACGCCUGUGUUUACUGGGUUCAACAUCAGAAAGCGGCAGGUCUCAAGAAGACGGAUGUACCUACGAUUGAGGGCUUUUUAAAGAAGCACCUUCUACAUUGGAUUGAAGCCUUGAUAUUAUUGAAUAGGAAAUGGGACAUAGCGAGGAUCUUGAAGGCGUUGCAAAUUGUCAUCAAGCAUGAUUCCGUGUUGUUUGACUUCCUGGCUGAUGCUAGAAGGCUCGUCAGCUCCAGCAUUGAUGUUAUAGACAGUUAUCCCUUACAACUAUAUUCACAUGCUUUGGUAUUCUCCCCACAGAACAGCAUUAUCAAGGCAACCUUUGAAUACCUAGUGCCAAAAUGGAUAAGCUCUCUUCCUGCAACAGAGCCAGCUUGGGAUUCGAGUCUACAAGUACGUGAGAUGAAGCCUCUAGCAAAGGCAAGUGGGCGUUGCACGAUGAGCUUUGUUCCAGAAACGACACUUCUGUUCUUAAGUCAAGAUCUCGGCUAUUUUGAUGUCGUUGACUGGGAUACUGGAGAAUGCUUGCAAGAGUUUAGGAAUACCUCGGAAUCAGGAUAUUAUUCCGUAUUAUCUCCAAACGGCAAGGUCAUAGCCACGCCUUCAUCGAAACAACUCAUCCAGAUUAGGGAACUUGCGACUAGCCAGCUUCUAUAUGAGUUAUCCAGUACUUGUGAGCGAUGGGGUGAGUUAAGUUUCUCGGGAGAUUCUAAACUACUUGCGGUACAAGGCGAAAACAACAUUUACAUAUGGGAUUGGGCUGCAGGUGUUUGUGUAAACAAACUACCUAAGGGUCCUGGGACCGAACUCCAGCCUUGGCGUAGUAAAUUCUCGGCCGACUCUGCAUUCCUCUUGUCAUCUAAUAAUCGCGAGAUUUCUGUCUGGGAUUGCCACACGGGUCACAGCGUUUUCGAACGGGAUAUUUCGUACCAUCAGGAGGUCUUUCAUAUGUUCUCGCCCGAUGGCAAGAUGUUCAUAUUCCUUUCCAGAACAUCGGAAUUGGAAAUCUGGUCAUGCCACGGUUUCAAGCGACUUCGUCGGUUGGCAAGCCAAGCUAGAUCGUUCGAACAUAUUCGCAACAUACUGAUCUCGCCUGAUUCGAAGCUUCUUGCUGUGGCAACAGAAGACUUGAUCCAGUUAUGGAGCCUAGCUGAAGGUCAACAUUUAUCUGACCUUCAGCGUGUAUGUGCAAGCCAUAUCGCUUUUUCUCCAGACUCGAAGUAUCUGGUAUCAGGUGGCGGUACUGAUUUGAUUGACAUCUGGUGUAUGAGCACUAAAGCUAAGGUCAAUGCAUUGAGAGGUCUUGGAGCAAGCAUGGGAUUGAGUUUUAUUGCGUUCUCUCCAGAUGGCACUGUUGUUGCUACCCAGUGUAGGAAUGGUGAUGACAUCCGUGUAUGGGACUGGGAGAGGGCAAUAACCCAGCUUGUUGAUGGAGUGAAGCUGAACACAGAGAGAGAUGAUCAGUAUGGAAUCACGAUGCUCAAGUCAUCUCCCGACCUUAAAAAGAUUGCGGCGUUCUCUCGCGAUAAGAUGUUGGUAUACAGUAUCAGCUCUGGCAGAUUGCUGUGGCAGCCAGCCUUUUCAUUUCCUAAAUCUCUCGACCCAUGGGAGUCUUACGAUGAUACAGGGGACUUCUCUGCUGACUCAACACUUAUCACACUUACAUUCAGAAGGUCUUUGACCCCGAGCUUUAUGAUCCCAGGAAUCUCUAUCCCGGCACUUUCAAUUUCAAGUGUUUCGAUUUUGGAGGCCAGUAGCGGCACUCCCAUGUGGGAGAUGAGGAAGAAAGGUCAGGAUAUUCAAACUGCCCUCUCCGAUGACUCGAAAUUGCUAGUUGUGGCCAUUUAUAGCAAUAAGGGUUCGUUUUUUACGAGAAAUGUGGCCGAAGAGGUUGCAGAUGUAUCUAUCUGGCAACGAGUCGGCCGUGGCUUCGAAGUUAUGCAUACUCUAGUAAACCCUGGCUAUCAAGCUGUGUCUCAACUAAAGUUCUCAUCGGGAGCCAAACUAGUGGCAGGUAUCGCAAAUUUGCCGUCUGCUAACCAGCACACAAGAUGGAGUAGAGGGGCUCUUGUAUGGAACCUGAUGUCCCCAAGAACCGAACCACUUCUCAUUCAUGGGUGCAAUAUUAUCGUGGCUUUCUCAGACUCAUUGUUAGCUUGGUUCGGUUCGGGAGACAGAAGAUUGCGCAUCUGGCAUAUUGAAACCGACAAAUGCUGCCAAAUCUUAGACAAAGCGCCUGUUGCCGGUGCCUUUUCUCAUGAUGAGAGACUUUUGGCUAUCAGAGAUCAUAACGACGUGACAAUUCUGGAUUGGAGAAAGGGUAUCCAACUCACUCGAAUACACGGAGCAACAUCCCAUGACUCGAGAAGACCGAAAACCAUUUUUCUUUCUUUUCUGCCUACAGAUCUUGGCAUCCGAACAGAGAUGGGGACUUUUAACAUUCCAAAGGAGGCACUGACAUCGACUAUGCCGAUUUUGCGACCUCUAGACGUCUUUGCUCCAACAUUCGGCGUGGAGUACAAUGACAAUCUCAAGAGGCCAUGGAAGACAUGGCGGAGUCCAACAUGGAUUCAGUGGCGCGGCCGUAAUAGUUUUCGGAAGAAAAGCUUUUAG